AUGGUCUCCGCGACGGCGAUGCACGCCUCCGGAACUGCGCCAGACAUUGUUGUCGCCCGAUUCUCGGACGAUGUGAUGGAGCUGGAGGAGCCUGCGGCAGCUAAUACCGCUCCCGCACCCGCUACUACCGCAUCGCCGCGACCGAUCUCCAAAAAGAGCCUGCUUUCUAACAUUGGGCUCGGGGGCUAUGCGAGACGAACGCUAGGCAUCUGCCUCCUCAUUGUUGUCGUCUUCCUCUGGACACUGUCCAACUUCCUAGCGAGCUUCAUCUUCUCCGACCAUACCUACGACAAACCCUUCUUCGUCGUCUAUAUCAACACUUCCCUCUUUGCCAUAUCCCUGAUACCCAUGUUCGUACGCUACAUGGUGCGGGCCGGAAUUAACGGCCUGCGAACCGACCUCGUUCAUCUGUGGCGCCAGCGCAACAGCCACGGCGCACUAUUCCAAAGAAUAAAAGACGAGGAGGAAGAUGCAGUCGACGGUGAGCGCCUGCUGUCUAGCCAAGACCAAGACGCUGGUGUCCCGGAGCCGGUCUCCCGAGACACAACGUCGGCGGCGGCGGCGGGAGUGCCGGAAAAGAUGACCUUUGGUGAAACCGCUUACCUCAGCCUCGAGUUCUGCAUGCUCUGGUUCUUGGCCAAUUAUUUUGCCUCGGCGUGUCUGGAGUACACAAGCGUGGCCAGUGUCACGAUCCUCACGUCAACAUCGAGCAUUUGGACGCUCGUAUUCUGUGCGCUCUUCAAGGUGGAGUCAUUUUCGCUACGCAAGCUCUUUGGUGUCUUGGCGUCGCUCAUUGGCAUUGUCCUUAUUUCGACCGUGGACCUCACGGGCAACAGUGACGAACACCGAGGUUCUUUUCCGCACAAGACUACGGGCCAAAUCGCGAUUGGCGACUCAAUGGCUUUGAUCAGCGCUGUUGUAUACGGCAUGUAUGUGACGGUGAUGAAGAGGAGAGUGGGGGACGAAGACAAGGUCGAUAUGAGAUUAUUCUUUGGCCUGGUUGGCGUUUUCAACCUGUUGUUCUUGUGGCCUCUCUUCUUUGUGCUUCAUUGGACUGGUAUCGAGCCCUUCCAAUUACCACCUACUGGCACGGUUUGGGCCAUCAUCAUCGCCAACUCUCUGUCGUCUUUUAUUAGCGACAUUUUCUGGGCAUUCGCCAUGCUCCUUACGACCCCUCUGGUUGUUACCGUAGGCUUAUCGCUGACUAUUCCUCUCUCGCUUAUCGGCGAGAUGAUUCAAUACGGCCAAUACUCUAGCUUUGUGUAUUGGAUCGGCGCGGCUGUCGUAUUCCUAUCGUUUGUCUUCGUCAGCAACGAGAGCCAGGCCGAGGAAGUGGAGGAACAAGAAAUGAGAUGA